UCUACCAUCGUCUUCCUUCUAUACUUUUUACCCUUUUCUCUUUUCUCCUUUUAAUUGAUUAUUGCAUUUUAUGUGUUUGUGUCUUUCCUUUGUCUGAUAUUCUUCUUGGAAGAAGGUCACGGUGAUCCAUUAGAAUCAGCGAUAACUAUAUAAGUGAUUCUGUUUGUUGGAAUGUUGGGUAUUGCUGCCAAACUUUCCGAAUUGUAUUUAAUACUCUCAUUUUUUAAAAAAAAAAAAUUAUUAUUCCUUUUGGAGUUGCGAAGUGAUCAUUCCUUCAAGCCUAUUUUGUUCUUGCUCAGGCUUUCUAUUUUUUUUUUAAAUUAUCAAGAAACUUGUUUCCAGGAGAAAAAAUAAGGAAAGAAAAGAACGAAUCUUUCCGUCCGUGUUGCUGCUAAAAGCAUAGGAAGAACCUUAUCCUCGCGAGGCAAGUAAAAUGUAAACAUUGGGCUUCAGUUGCAAUUGGCUGCUUCUCCGAACAUGCAAUAUCAUGGUCUCGUACAAAGUUACAGAUUACUGCUUUUGUGAAAUGCCGGGGGAUCUCAGUGUCAAACUUCUGAGUGGUUGUCAAUGCUUGAUUUAACAAUGAACUAUGUCUCAGAAACGUUCUCACUCCAUAAUCAUUGAUAAGCUUUCUCGUUUGAUUGAUAUCUAUGUUAUUCGGUAUAAACUGGCAUACAUAUAGAUCUUUUAUACACUUUCCUGAUAGAUUUGAUAACCUUUCGAACCCGUUUUUGAGUAGGCUCCCAAGCGGAGUCUGCUUGCCUGCCCAAAACAUAAAAGAGAAAUGGUUCGUUACUUUACUCUUUCAUCUGUAGAAGUCAUUUAAGUUGUGUAUCCUUUUGUAUUGCUAAUAUUAACAAGAAGUGAAUGAGUAGCAACUAAGCCCGUUGGUUCUACUGUAUUGGGCAUUGUCUGCCCGAAAAGAAUUUCCUUUCAAUAAAUACAAGAAUUUGUCUGGAAGGAUGUCGCAGGUUGUUGUGCACAGACAUAAUUUUAUGUGUGGCAAGUCCUUUUUAAGUAACAUGCACACGCAGAACCAACUAGCUUCUAGAAUUUCCUGUGUAGUUUUCAGCUUGGUUUCUGGGCAUGUUCACGAGAAGUUAUGUCUGGGUAGGGCGAGAAUUGAACCCAUGAUAAAAUGUAGCCACAAUUUGGGCCCUUGUAACAUAAGGGUUGCUAAUGACUAUCAAGAAGAUUGGUCUGAAGAAGAUGAUGAUCUCUGUCCGGCCGAAUGCGUCAGAGAAUUCAAAACUGAUGAAGAGUUCCACAAAAUUCUGGACAAGGCUAAGGAAACUGGAUCUUUAGUUGUGGUAGAUUUCUUCCGCACCUCUUGUGGAAGCUGCAAGUACAUUGAGCAGGGUUUUGCUAAACUGUGCAAGAAAUCUGGUGAUCAUGACGCUCCUGUAAUCUUUCUAAAGCAUAAUGUAAUUGACGAAUAUGAUGAGCAAUCUGAGGUUGCUGAGCGACUUAGAAUCAGGAGUGUGCCUCUUUUCCACUUCUAUAAAAAUGGGGUUCUUUUGGAAGCAUUCGCAACAAGGAAUAAAGACAGGAUUGUUGAAGCCUUGCUCAAGCAUUCAUCUCUUCAACCCCAAGAUAUUUUUAGUUGACCUUGAAGCGAUGGGGCAAGUGGUUACUGAUGCAUAAGUUUGUCACAAAUUAUAUUAAACAUGAAUAAAACACAGAAUAAUUAUCUAUUUCUGCAUACUGACAUAUAUUGUCAGAUGUCAAUGUUCCGAUCACCGUGUAAUAAUAUCCAUUUGUAUUUGAUCAAGGCCGUUGAUUAAUUGUGGGGAUUUUGCUUGAGCCUUUUCAUUUGUGGGAA